CCUCAUAUCAGAAUCACUGUACGUCGCCGGCAAAAAUGAUGUACGAUGAUGAGGAUGAGAUGGUUAAUGACCCGAUGGACGGAGACUAUAUCGAUGAUUCGGAUGAAAUCAGUGCAGAAGCAUGGCAAGAAGCAUGUUGGGUUGUUAUCAGUGCUUAUUUCGAUGAAAAGGGUCUCGUUCGUCAACAACUUGAUUCCUUCGAUGAAUUCGUCCAAAUGAAUGUGCAGCGAAUUGUUGAGGAUUCUCCGCCAGUCGAACUUCAAUCAGAAAAUCAGCAUCUUGGCACAGAUAUGGAAAAUCCUGCGAAAUUCUCAUUGAAAUUCAAUCAAAUUUACCUCUCGAAACCAACUCACUGGGAGAAAGACGGAGCACCAAUGCCAAUGAUGCCUAACGAAGCUCGUCUCCGAAAUUUGACAUACGCCUCGCCACUUUACGUAGAUAUCACUAAAGUGGUGACAAGAGACGAUUCAGCAACGGAAAAAGUGUACGACAAAGUGUUCGUUGGAAAAGUUCCAGUUAUGCUACGGUCUAGUUACUGUAUGCUUUCCAAUAUGACAGAUCGUGAUCUAACAGAACUCAAUGAGUGCCCACUUGAUCCUGGAGGUUAUUUUGUUAUCAAUGGUUCGGAGAAAGUACUUAUUGCUCAAGAAAAGAUGGCGACUAAUACAGUUUACGUGUUCUCAAUGAAAGACGGAAAAUAUGCAUUCAAAACGGAAUGUCGCUCUUGUUUGGAAAAUUCAUCUCGUCCGACAUCCACAAUGUGGGUUAAUAUGCUUGCAAGAGGAGGAGGUGGUGGAAAGAAGACGGCGAUGGGUCAACGAAUUAUUGGAAUUUUACCAUAUAUUAAACAAGAAAUUCCGAUUAUGAUUGUGUUCCGAGCGCUGGGAUUCGUAUCAGAUCGUGAUAUUCUUGGACACAUUAUCUACGAUUUCAAUGAUCCAGAAAUGAUGGAAAUGGUCAAACCUUCGUUAGAUGAAGCUUUUGUCAUUCAGGAGCAAAAUGUUGCUCUCAACUUUAUCGGAGCUCGUGGAGCAAAACCAGGAGUAACCAGAGAACAAAGAAUCAAAUAUGCUCGUGAGAUUCUUCAAAAAGAACUUUUGCCUCAUGUUGGUGUAUCUGAGCAUUGCGAAACGAAAAAAGCAUUCUUCAUCGGAUACAUGGUGCAUCGUCUUCUUCUAGCCGCCCUCGGACGUCGUGAACUUGAUGAUCGUGAUCACAUUGGAAACAAAAGACUGGAUUUAGCCGGACCACUUCUUGCUUUCUUGUUCCGUUCCCUUUUCAGAAAUCUUCUCAAGGAGAUGAGAAUGACAGCUCAAAAGUAUAUCAACAAGAAUGACGACUUUGCUCUUGAUGUCUGCGUCAAAACUUCAACAAUAACUCGUGGAUUGACAUAUUCAUUGGCUACCGGUAAUUGGGGUGAUCAAAAGAAAGCACAUCAAUCGAGAGCCGGUGUGUCUCAAGUACUCAAUCGUCUCACCUACACGGCCACACUUUCACAUUUGCGUCGAGCGAACUCUCCUAUUGGACGAGAAGGAAAACUUGCCAAGCCUCGUCAGCUGCAUAAUACUCAAUGGGGAAUGGUGUGUCCUGCUGAAACUCCUGAAGGACAGGCUGUAGGUUUGGUGAAGAAUCUGGCACUUAUGGCAUACAUCUCUGUCGGUUCGUUACCAGAGCCAAUUCUGGAAUUCUUGGAAGAAUGGUCAAUGGAAAAUCUUGAAGAAGUGUCUCCAUCGGCUAUUGCCGAUGCUACGAAGAUCUUUGUCAACGGUGCAUGGGUGGGAAUUCAUCGUGAACCCGAUCAAUUGAUGACGACGUUGAAGAAGCUUCGACGUCAAAUGGACAUCAUCGUUUCCGAAGUAUCAAUGGUUCGUGAUAUUCGUGACAGAGAAAUUCGUAUCUACACUGAUGCUGGAAGAGUUUGCCGUCCAUUACUUAUUGUUGAGAAUCAGAAAUUGGCAUUGAAGAAGAGACACAUUGAUCAGUUGAAGGAGGCUGCUGACGAAGCGAAUAAAUACACAUGGUCUGAUCUUGUUGGUGGUGGAGUUGUCGAACUGAUUGAUUCAAUGGAAGAAGAAACAUCAAUGAUUGCAAUGAUGCCAGAAGAUUUGAGAAGUGGUGGUUACUGUGACACUCAUACUCAUUGUGAAAUUCAUCCAGCCAUGAUUCUCGGAGUUUGUGCCUCAAUCAUUCCAUUCCCAGAUCAUAAUCAAUCACCACGUAAUACAUACCAAAGUGCUAUGGGUAAGCAAGCUAUGGGAGUUUAUACAACAAAUUUCCAUGUUCGAAUGGACACUCUUGCACACGUUCUCUACUAUCCACAAAAACCGCUUGUCACUACAAGAUCUAUGGAAUAUCUUCGAUUCAAUGAACUUCCAGCCGGAAUCAACGCAAUUGUUGCUAUUCUUUCAUAUUCCGGAUAUAAUCAGGAAGAUUCUGUCAUUAUGAACAACUCUGCAAUUGAUCGAGGACUUUUCCGUUCUGUUUUCUAUCGUUCUUAUCGUGACAAUGAGGCAAAUCUUGACAAUGCAAAUGAAGAACUGAUUGAGAAACCAACUCGUGAAAAAUGUUCUGGAAUGCGUCAUUCAUUGUACGAUAAGCUUGAUGAAGACGGAAUCAUCUCUCCAGGAAUGCGUGUGUCUGGCGAUGACGUCAUUAUUGGAAAAACAGUUGCUCUGCCAGAUAUUGAUGAUGAUUUGGAUGCAUCUGGGAAGAAAUAUCCAAAGAGAGAUGCAUCGACAUUCUUGAGAAGUUCUGAAACUGGUAUUGUGGAUCAGGUGAUGCUCUCCCUCAACAGCGAUGGAAAUAAAUUUGUCAAGAUUCGUAUGCGUUCUGUUCGUCUUCCACAAAUUGGAGAUAAAUUCGCAUCUCGACACGGUCAAAAAGGAACCAUGGGUAUUAUGUAUCGGCAAGAAGAUAUGCCAUUUACUGCUGAAGGACUCACUCCUGAUAUCAUCAUUAAUCCUCAUGCCGUUCCAUCUCGUAUGACAAUUGGUCACUUGAUCGAAUGCCUUCAGGGUAAACUAUCAGCAAACAAGGGAGAAAUCGGAGAUGCUACACCAUUCAACGAUACAGUCAACGUACAAAAGAUCUCUGGCCUACUAUGUGAGUAUGGUUAUCAUUUGCGUGGUAACGAAGUGAUGUACAACGGACAUACUGGAAAAAAGUUGACAACUCAAAUCUUCUUUGGACCAACUUAUUAUCAACGUCUCAAGCAUAUGGUCGAUGACAAGAUUCACUCACGUGCACGCGGUCCAAUUCAGAUGAUGAAUCGACAGCCUAUGGAAGGAAGAGCUCGUGACGGAGGUCUCCGUUUCGGAGAAAUGGAACGAGAUUGUCAAAUUUCCCACGGAGCUACUCAAUUUUUGCGAGAACGUCUUUUUGAGGUGUCAGAUCCAUAUCAUGUGUACGUGUGCAACAACUGUGGUCUUAUUGUCGUCGCCAACUUGAGAACGAACAGUUUCGAGUGCAAGGCUUGUCGCAACAAGACCCAAGUAUCCGCUGUUCGUAUUCCAUACGCUUGUAAGCUGCUCUUCCAGGAGUUAAUGUCAAUGUCUAUUGCUCCAAGACUCAUGGUCAAGCCUCGACAAUCAAAACGUUCAAAACAUCAAUCGGAAGCCUAAGCCAUCGCGCUCAUUGUUCGAUGAAUUUAUUCUAAUUUUUAUUUUCAAAAUUCAAUUUAUCCCUAUUCUCGUUCCCAAACAAAAAAUCACGGACUUUUCCGGUUAAUUUCUUUCUCGUGGUCUCCGCUCAUCAUUUUGUUAUCGAAUUAUCAAAUUUUGUUUUUACUUUUUUUCUCGUUUUUUAUCUAUUAUCUGAUUAAUUUAUUCAUCGUUUCCAGUUCUCUCCCAAAUAUCAUUUUUCUGAUCCCACCCUUUUUUGUGACCUCUGUUUAUAUGUGAACCUUCUAUCCUCCCAUUGAUUAUUUUUUGUUAAAUUAGAAAUCAAAAUUUGCAAAAUGUU